GGUUUAAUUUUCUCAGCUGCUUAUCCUCAAAAGGGCCGCGGGGGUGCUGGAGCUUACCCCAGCUAUCUUUGGCCAGGAGCCUGUACAGCCUAAACUGGUUGGCAGCCUGUUCAUGUAUGGAUUUUGGAUGUCCAAGUAUCCAGCCAACAUUUGCUCGUUUUGGAGUCUCAUCUAAACUAUGUGCAAUGCUCAGAUCCAUAUGACUUUGGAUUUUGAGGCUGGUUGCAGGAGUCCUCGGGACUGGGGAACUCACACACUUUGUGCUACUAAGUCCAUAUAAUAUCAAAUUUUUGGCAAAAAAACAAACAAAAAACAUUUCUUGGGAUAUGGGGGUCUGUUUAAAUCUCCGUCGCAUUUGGCUGUCUUUAAGUGGCCCUGCUUCUCCUUCCUCGUGUGCCAUCCAGUGUGUCUCAGAGGUGGUGACGUUGCACAGAACCAGUCUAUACAUCCCUCCUCUUUUUUUUUUUUAUUACACACGCUGAUCUGUCCCCGCCCCUCUCCAAAAUUUGAGAUGAAAGGGCUUCUGGAUUUUGGAUGACGCUCCCAAUCACGUGCUCCUAGGAAAUACACUGGCUAUAUUUUUGGGAGCCGCAUCGCCGACCAUAGUUGUUUUGCAGCGGGCCUGGCAGCUCGUGCCAUGUAAAUGUACCUUGCCGUGGUCAGUGACGGGUUCACGCCAGUUCACCGGGUUCACUUGAGGAGAGCCCCCACCCCCUGCUCGCCUCUUCUCCUCCCCAAAGCGCAGCGAUCGGAGCUAAUCCAAUAUUAUUCAUUUCUAUAUUCAUGUCGGAUUCCAUUUUGCGGUGGCGAGCGUUGAGGUUCCCUGGACGCCUUUAAAGUUGGACAAAGGUCCCACGGCAACAGAAGGGAUGAAGCAACACUGUGGCUGAUCCAUGACACUAAACUCCACUCGCCCUCUGCUCUCAUCAAACCGGACAAUCACUCACUCACUUUCCCAUCUCUGCAAAGCUACACAAUGGCCAGCAAGAGGAAAUCCACCGUACCCUGCAUGAUACCAUCCAAAUCCAAACAUGUGCGCGAGGAAAUUAUACUGGGCUCACUGCCAGAACUCCUACCAACAAUCCCAGAAGACGGCAUACUCAGCAUCUCUGGAGAGGAGUCUGGCCGUGUCUCUCACAACUCAUCCAAAUCUGAAUGUGGCAGCGAGGUGCAGAAAGGAGGUACAUACAGUUGUCCGCCAUGCUCUUUCGAGUCCAGAGAUUUAAACUACUUUUUGGAUCACAUGCACAACUGCCACUUAGACUUCAGGGCCCAGCCCACUUUCUACUGCCUGAACUGUGGGGUCUCAGUUGUUCGCUUUGAGGCUCUGGCUCUGCAUAAUGCCAACACUCACCCUAAGAUCACGGAGGGCUUGAUGACUGCCUCCCUCAGUGUCAACAAGAGGGAUGGCAUCUCAGCAGUGGAGCAAAGCCUCUUCACGGACAGCGGAGACCACUACAGAGAAUCUGGAAUCUCCCUGAGCAAAACCCCUAUUGCAAAGAUGAUGAGAGCCAAGGGAGAGCACAAAAAGAUUGUAGUAUCUCAUACCGUGGAAGUAUUGAAAAAAGUCAGUGGGAAAGAUGUAGACCCCAACAUGCUGACAAAUGUGCCUGAACUCCAAAAUGGGGCUCUCAGUGUUUCUGGCGCCCAAGCUAUGCCGAGGACAGCUGUUAGUCACGUGAUUGCGACAACAGUGUCCAACCAAGUCUUUCACCAGCACACUCCCUCCCUGUACACCCCAGCUUCCCCUGAUUCCAAUAAAGACCUUCCGAAGGUGAUGAUCCCUCUUAGCAGCAUCCCAACCUACGAUGCCGCCAUGGACACCAGCAGCUUUCUUAAGACAUCCUUUGGCAAGUUCCCCUACCCGACCAAAGCUGAGCUCUGUUACCUGACAGUAGUGUCAGAGUUCCCUGAAGAGCAGAUCAAACUGUGGUUUACUGCCCAAAGACUCAAGCAGGGCAUAAGCUGGUCUCCAGAGGAAAUAGAAGAGGCGAGGAGGAAGAUGUUCAACACCGUGUUCCAGGGGGGAGCACCCCAAAAGCAACCUGGCACGCCGCGUCAUGUCAAUCACAUUGUUACUCACCACACCGUAACAACCCCUUCAGGUUCAAAAGGACCAAAUUUUCCAAUGGCUGAAAUCCCCUAUGGCAGUGGAAGAAUCAGGCCCGUUGGAGCCACCGCUAAGCAGGCCAGUGUGUCUACUAAUCCCCACGUGACGAGGGUCUCGUACUCUACUCCACUUCUCCCUCAGAAGGUUCAGUCUCUGGUCAGAACGUCGACACUGACCAAGAAUAUUCAACCCACCGCAGAGCCAGAUAAGAGCAGCAAUGGCCUCGCCGUGGACGUGGCGGCUGGAUGCACCGGCAGUCGCAGCAGCAGUAGCAGCAGCACUUGCAGCAGUAGCAGCAGCAUCACCAGCUAUUCAAGCAGUGGUAUCAGCGGUGAGAACGUCUCCAGGAAAAGCGUGAAUAACAGCAGCACCGCCAAUGGGAUUCACAACUUUGCUGCCUGCUCUACAAAUAUUAGCAAUAAUGAUUUGCACUACCCCAAUGACAAGACACGCAACAGUUUACUGACGGGACCGGAAGGCUUCAACAGUCACAGCGCCAUCGAAAACACCAGCAACAUAAAUCAUAACAAAAAUAACAAUCAUAACAGUGCCGCCAUCACUCCUCAAGAGCAGGCUGACACCUUGAAGAAGGAUGAGCAACGCAACAUUCAGAACAACAACAACAACAGUAUUACCAAUGAAAACCCUGCCUCUAAAGACCUGAACCACGCCAGCACUUCGCCCAAUCAAAGCACCACCAGCACCACCGUCAUCACAAAAAGUAGUUCAUCCGUGAUGGAUGAGGGUAAGCGCAACAAGGAGUUUAGCAUAAAAGGCAUGUCAAUCUUGCAGCAACUUAUCAAGGAGGAUGACCUUUUUACCGCAGACAAAAGUUGCUCGGAGCUGAAAUUUGAACCUAUCAAGAUCAACUUCAAGAGGCUCAAAAUGAAUGAAAGCGAGAGCACCUCUGAGAUUGCACAUCAAGAACACAAGGCAGAGAUAGCCGAAGGGUCCUUCGCACCCCCCUGGGCCAACAAGAAUGCCCAACAGCUGCGCAUCCUUCGCCAGGCUUUUUCCAGUGCACGCUGGCCCAACAGUCAGCAAUACGAGGAGUUAAGCAUACAGACAGGCCUGCCUAAAUCUGAGGUGGUGCGCUGGUUCAGUGACAGCCGCCACAGUCACAAGAAUGGACAGCUGAAGUGGCUGGAGACCUAUCUGCGACCAUCUGUAGAUGGAGAGGAAGCCGGCGGCAGAGGAGACGUUGAAGCCGAACUGCAGAAAGACUUGCCGGCUGCCAAAAAGAAACAUGCUGAACAAGACGUGAACAAACCCCUCGAGGGGGAAGGAGGAACAAACACUGACCAACGGCUUCAAUGGCAGGAUUUAAACUCACCACUGCAUGGUCUCAUGGGGACUGAGGGAAGCAGAGAGCUCAUCAAAGCUGAGACCUCCGCACAACCGGGAGUCUUGAUGGACGCCUGGGCCGAAAGAAACCAACAGCAGCUCACUGCGACUCAGCCACUUAUUGAUCAGCCCAAUGACACCAAUCAGACCAGGGAUCGCCUGAGGAUGGAGCUGCUGGAGGUGUGAUCGAGUUGCACGGAACACGCGUACAAGGCUGGUUUGCUCCCUGGCCAGGCUCAGAAUUAAAAAAAAAAAAAAGUGUUUGUAAUGACAGCAAAUGUGAUUGUAGCUGGACCGUAAGACUCUGACUGUAACUGUGAAUACCCCCCACCCCCUCCUCUUCCUCUUCCAUCUGCCAUCACUUCCUCCCGUGUCAGAAGAAAGAACUUCUCACCUUCUCAAGUCCUGUGAUGUUUCAGCCUUUCAUGCUUCUUUGUGGUCGUGUGGGGAGGGUACACAAUGAGGUCAGUAUGAGGGAUCAAAGAAAAGAAAAAGAAGACGCACACUGACUGGAAAAGUGACUUGAAUGAACAAAAAUAGGAUGGGAUGAGGCCGAGAGAUAACGUUUUUGGGGUCACAGCGAGAAAUCUAUAUACAGAAUAUGAUCGAAACUGCACUAUAAAAAGGGGGUUUACUGACUGAAUGGACAAAAGAUGUGUCAAAGAAAUGUUAUUGUUGGCUUUGUGAUAUUUUUUACGUUUUUUUUUCUUUUUUUUUUAGCAACCAGUACUUAAGCACUGCCUUGAAUUUUACUUUUUUUGUUGUUGUUGUUGUUGCUUCCCCCUGUCCCAACUCUAUUUACUUUUCCAGAGUCACUGUAAGUCCAGAUGCAAUCAAACAUGUUUUAUUUAGACCUGUAUCAAUGUUGGUGAUCACUUUGUGGUUCAGCUACACGCAAGAGAAUAUAUUCAAUGCACUAAUGAAGACAGCAAUGCUCAAAAAUCCCACUGCCCCACUGCAAAGGUAUUGACAGCUUUGCCCAGAUCAAUAACCUCCAAUGCCCUGCAAACUGAACAGAGACAAGCCUGUCACGCUAACGUUGCCUUACUCAGCUCUGUCCGUGUUUAUCUGACCUGUUUGUCCAUCAGCUCGCUUUCCAGCUACUGCGCUUUCUGUACAGUUAAAGAAGAGAAGGAGGGGGGAAAAAAAACAAGAAAAACGAAAACAGCCAGUGCAUCAAGGAUCGCUUUUGGUCUUUAUCUGUGAAAAAUCGUGUGCUGCUUUAUGUACACUUUGGAGAUGUUUUCAUAUGAGCUGUAACUGUAAUAUUGUAUCAAAUAUUGUGACUGGCCAAUUGUUGUCGCAAGUUAAAUUACUAAUUGGAUCUUUUGACACUGACAGAGUGAGAUCUAGAGCUAGCUAGAGAGCCAAAUGGGGAGAAAUUCUCUUCUGAAUUCUCUUGUUUGUAUAAACAUACAGUCACUACAUGGAUAUCCUAUUAAGCUGCAUCCUUGUCACGCUGCUAAUAGCUAAGAACGGUGCUAUACCAUCCAAAGUGAAAUUGGAGGUUCAUCUCCUACCAGCAGUGUAUGCACUUGUGUCGAAUGUUACAAAUUUAUUUUGGUUUGAGAAUAAUGGAAUCUGGACUUACGGUGUAAUGAUCGCUUACGAAACUUUUAUGAUAUAGCCUGAUCAUAAAGCACUGUUGUAUCAUCCUUUCUACACUUUCUCUGAAUCUUUACAGAAUAAACCGAAUAC